AAAGAGGAGGGAAAAAGCUGAGCUGUAUUUGCAGGCGCUCGUCUACCAGGCUGCAGUGCCUCCUCUCUCCCACUGCUGUGGAACUGAAUGGUGGAAACAGAAAGCUAAACAGAUGCUUAAAGUUUCGUUUCUCGUCCAAGCCGUUUCCCCUCUAUAUUUCCCUUCCUCCACCUCUCUCCCUCUGGACGUGUUGUACCAGAGAGUGGAGUGCCGUUAAGUGCUUUGUUGUGAAUAUAUGUACUGAGGCAGUAAUAUAAGAUAAAGACAAAACUUGGAAGAGUGCACAAAGUGGAAGCUGCAAUUAUAUUGUCUCCAGGCAUGAACACUCUACCGGCUUAUUCAGGAGCUAGAAUAUCUGGCUGUUGGACUCUGAGAUCUGAUGGAAGUGGAGGUGGUGAGGGAUCACUGGACCGACUCCUCCCCUCAGUAAGCACGGGCCUGACGCCUCGGAAAAGGACGACUAGCCAGUGUAAGUCUGAGCCUCCUCUCCUGCGGACCUCCAAACGGACCAUCUACACCGCUGGACGCCCGCCCUGGUACAACGAACAUGGAACACAGUCCAAAGAGGCCUUUGUCAUUGGUCUCUGUGGCGGCAGCGCUUCAGGAAAGACGACAGUAGCCAGGAAAAUCAUCGAGGCUCUAGAUGUGCCCUGGGUUGUAUUGCUCUCAAUGGACUCUUUUUACAAGGUCCUGUCCCCGGAGCAGCAGACCCGGGCAGCCAGUAACGACUUUAACUUUGACCACCCCGACGCCUUUGACUUUGAUUUGCUGACACACACCCUGCGCAAACUCAAACAGGGCAAGAGUGUAAAGAUCCCUGUGUAUGACUUCACAACCCACGGGAGACAGAAGGAGUGGAAAAUCGUGUAUGGAGCCAGUGUGAUCAUCUUCGAGGGAAUCAUGGCCUUUGCAGAUAAAGCACUCUUGCAGUUGCUGGACAUGAAGAUUUUUGUGGACACAGACUCCGACAUUCGCUUGGUGCGCCGGCUGAGGAGGGACAUUUGCGAAAGGGGACGAGACAUCGAGGGUGUCAUCAAGCAGUACAACAAGUUCGUCAAGCCAGCGUUCGAGCAGUACAUUGAGCCCACCAUGCGCCUGGCUGAUAUAGUGGUGCCACGUGGUGGCGGCAACAUGGUGGCCAUUGAUUUGAUCGUCCAGCAUGUCCACAGUCAGCUGGAGGAGAGGAAACUUCGCUGGGAUAUGGCAGCCCUGGCAUCUGCACACCAGGCCCAGCCCCUCCCCCAGACCCUCAGCGUUCUGGAGAGCACACCCCAGGUCAAGGGUAUGCACACGAUCAUCAGAAAUAAGGAAACCAGCCGCGAUGAGUUCAUCUUCUACUCCAAGAGGCUGAUGCGCCUGUUGAUCGAGAGAGCGCUCUCCUUCCUCCCCUCACAGGUCCACAUAGUCCAGACCCCCCAAGGAGAGGAUUAUGAAGGCAGGACUUUCCACGGGAAGAGGAUCACAGGCGUGUCCAUCCUGCGAGCCGGCGAGACCAUGGAGCCGGCGCUGAGGGCCGUCUGUAAAGACGUUCGCAUUGGCAAGAUCCUCAUCCAGACCAACCAGGACACAGGAGAACCAGAGCUUCAUUACCUGCGUCUACCGAAAGACAUCGGUGAGGAUCACGUGAUUCUGAUGGACUGUACCGUGUCCACUGGAGCUGCUGCCAUGAUGGCUGUACGAGUCUUGCUGGACCAUGAUGUUCAGGAGGAAAAAAUCCUGCUAGUGUCUUUGCUAAUGGCUGAGAUGGGAGUCCACUCAGUGGCCUACGCAUUUCCACAGGUCAAAAUCAUCACCACAGCCGUCGACAAGAAGGUCAACGAUCUCUUCCACAUCAUACCUGGCAUAGGAAACUUUGGGGAUCGAUACUUUGGAACAGAUGCGCCCCCUGACUGGAGCGACGAAGAGAUGGAUGAGCCCAGUUACUGAUAAAUGAUUGACAGUGCACUAAUUUAUUGGGCACUGCCCCUCUGAGGACAAUAUGAGGAUAUGUUCUUUGCCUCUUUCAGGCCAUAACAUCCAGUAUGUCUUUUACGAACAAAGGCCCUUAAAAAGGACAGACAUCGCUAGAGUCACCUUAUUGAAAUUUUAAAUUAUAUUAUUUAAUCUUAUGUAAAUAUUGUUGAGGAAAGUGGUCUUAUGAAGUUUGAAAUAUUUUCAUAUGUUGAAUAAGUUAUGAAGUCCAAAUGCUUUAUUUUGUUUUUUUAAAUUUUGACAAUCUCUGCAUAGACAUUUGUGGUUUUGAAAAUAAAUAUUUAGCCUUAAGCCGCGUUCUGUGGACGACACAACUGAAUGUAAUUUUGCAGGUGCUGUGAAGAAAAGAAAAAAAGGUUAUUUUUUAUCACAUCGCUUCUUCACAACUUUCACAAAAGUAAAAUCAGAACAUAAACUCAUGUUGCUCAACUUCCAUUGCCAUGAGCACUCUCUGAAGGACCAUUCAAUCGGAAAUCGUGUAGGUGUAUCUAUCUUUUUUUUUUUUCUUUUUAGCUCACAGGUUCAGCCUCUGUGGAUUGCUGCCCUUACCAGUUAAAUAGGGUGUUGAAAACGUUUUUCAUUAUACAGCUUAAAGUAUGCACUUAAUGUGUAUUUAUGCAGUAUGUUCCUCAUUUGCAUAUUUUCACUAUGGAUAGACCUGACGAGUGAAAAGGCAAGUCAUGCAUCUUUUAACUGCUAUGGAAAUGGGUGAUCUGCGUUUUUAAAAAAACAUAUUAAGUGUUUGUUUCAGUCCCACGCAUCCUGAUAUAUGCAUUUUUUUUUUUUUUAGCUGUAGAUGGUAUUGUGUUAUAUUUUUAAUUUUUUAAAGGGCGCGUUGGGUUGCGGAUACAUGUGAACUCAAAACAUGUCAAAAAGUCUUCUGAUGGUGCCUGAUCUUUUUACAUGGUGUUAGAGUUGAAAAUAAUGUGAACUGUGACAAUUACAAUUGGUGCCUGUUUUAUAUUUUCAACAGCUGCCCAGACGUGUGGUCAUACUCCAUAAUAUCCACGUGGUCGUCUGAACACGUGCAAUGAGACACGAGAAGGAGAGUGUUGCAUAGAAAGUGCAUUUUGAUAUCAUCAUGUAGCGACUAGCCUGUUGAGUUAGGUUAAUAGUGACGCUCUCUUCGACAAGUUUACGAUUAACUGUAAAUAUACCACAUUUUCUUUAAUCCACAUGCACGACUUUAAGAGGAGAAACAUGAAAUGAGGCUCAUUGCAACUGUCGGUCCACCAUUAAUGUCGCCACUUAGUCAACUGCUAGUGUACAACAGUCAUUCAGUUGUGAGAAUCCAUCGAUUGUGUUUGCAGCCACAGCGUUUGACGGAGUGCCGUUAGGUCUUUUAAUUCUUCUGCUGCAUGUUAGUUAUGUAUUUAAUAAAAAGUGCAAUGGA